AUGGACUCAUGGGGUAAUGUUUAUUCAAAUUAUUGUUACAUUUGUUGCUUGGUUGUGAAACUAUUAUAUACUGAGUCUUCCUUUGACACCCUGAAAGGGGACAAGGACAAGAUAAACCAAACAUUUGUGAGAGAAUUCAUUCUUCUGGGACUCUCUGGUUACCCCAAACUUGAGAUCAUUUUCUUUGCUCUGAUUCUAGUUAUGUAUGUAGUAAUUCUAAUUGGCAACGGUGUUCUCAUCAUAGCAAGCAUCUUUGAUUCUCAUCUUCACACACCCAUGUACUUCUUUCUGGGAAACCUCUCUUUCCUGGAUAUCUGCUAUACAUCCUCCUCUGUUUCCUCAAAAUUGGUGAGCUUAAUCUCAAAGAAAAGAAACAUUUCCUUCUCUGGAUGUGCAGUGCAGAUGUUCUUUGGGUUUGCAAUGGGGUCAACAGAAUGUUUGCUUCUUGGCAUGAUGGCAUUUGAUCGUUACGUGGCCAUCUGUAACUCGCUGAGAUACCCCAUUGUCAUGAGCAAGGUGGUAUAUAUACUGAUGACUUCUAUAUCAUGGCUCUCUGGUGGAAUCAAUUCAAUUGUGCAAACAUCACUUGCCAUGCAAUUGCCUUUCUGUGGGAACAAUAUUAUUAAUCAUUUCUUAUGUGAGAUCUUAGCUUUCCUCAAGCUAGCUUGUGCGGAUAUAUCCCUCAAUAUUCUUACCCUAGCAGUGUCAAAUAUUGCUUUCCUAGUUCUUCCUCUGUUGGUCAUUAUUUUCUCCUAUAUGUUUAUCCUCUAUACCAUUUUGAGAAUGAACUCAGCUACAGGAAGAAGCAAGGCAUUUUCCACCUGCACAGCUCACCUGACUUUGGUGAUCAUAUUUUAUGGUACCAUCUUCUUUAUGUAUGCAAAACCUAAGUCCCAAGACCUCCUUGGGAAAGACAACUUGCAAGCUACAGAAGGGCUUGUUUCCAUGUUUUAUGGUGUUGUAACCCCCAUGUUAAAUCCCAUAAUCUAUAGCUUGAGAAAUAAAGAUGUAAAAGCGGCUAAGAAGUAUUUGCUGAGUAGGAAAGCCAUUAACCAGUAGGAUGAAAGGGAUAUGUGAGUCUUUUAAGUAUAAUUAACUUUCCUUAGCCAUUCCACAAUGUAUGCAUGAUAUGGUUUGGAUGUGUACCCACCCAAAUCUUAAAUUGUAGCUCCCAUAAUCCCCACAUGUCAUAGGAGGGACCUGGUGGGAGGUAAUUGAAUAAUGGGGGUGUGUUUUUCCAUGCUGCUCUGUGAUAGUGAAUAAGUUUCAUGAUAACUGAUGGUUUCAUUAAAAGGCAGUUUCCCUGCACAAUCUCUCUUGCCUACUGCUAUGUAACAUGUUCCUUUGCUCCUCCUUCACUACCUGCUAUGAUUGUGAGGUCUCCCAGCCAUGUGUAACUGUGAGUCUGUUAAACCUCCUUUUCUUUAUAAAUUACCCAGUCUCAGGCAUUUCUUCAUAGCAGUAUGAAAAUGGACUAAUACAGUAACUUGGUGACAGAUAGUGGGGUGCUGGUAUAAGGAUACCUGAAAAUGUGGAAGUGACUUUGGAACUAGGUAACAGGCAGAGGUUGGAACAGUUUGGAGAGCUUAGAAGAAGAUAGGAAAGUUUGGAACUUCCUAAAGACUUGUUGAAUGACUUUGACCAAAAUGCUGAUAGUGGCAUAGUCAAUAAAGUCCAAGCUGAGGUGGUCUCAGAUGGAGAUGAAGAACUUGUUGGGAACUGGAGCAAAGGUGACUCUUGUUAUGCUUUAGCAAAGAGACUGGCGGCAUUUUGCUUCUGCUCUAGAGAUCUGUGGUACUUUGAACCUCAGAGAGAUGAUUUAGGGUUUCUGGUGGAAUAAAUUUCUAAGUAGGCAAAGGAUUCAAGAGAAAACAGAGCAUACAAGUGUGGAAAAUUUGCAGCCUGACAAUGUGAUAGAAAAGAAAAACCUAUUUUCUGAGGAGAAAUUCAGGCUUGCUACAGAAGGUUGCAUAAAUAACAAGGAGCCAAAUGUUAAUUGCCAAGAUAAUGGGGAAAAGAUCUCCAGGGCAUGUCAGAGACCUUCCUAGCAGCCCCUCCCAUCACAGGACUGGAGACCUAGGAGGAAAAAAUGGUUUCCUGGGUCAGGCUCAGGACCCUCCUGCUGUGUGCAGCCUAGAGACUUGGUGCCCUGCAUCACACCUGCUCCAGCCAUGGCUAAAA